ACUGCGCCCUUUAGCACACCCCCUGUCCCGGCUAGUGGCGGAGGUCCCGGCUGAGUAAGCGUGAAGUGGGGGACCCGCCUGGAUUUGUGAGACCUGCCGCACCCGCUGGCUCUGGCAUCUGCUGUGGCUGCGGGUGGAAGUGGGACGGGAGGUUGGGCGGCAGGAGCGCCCGCGAAGCCGGCCCGCAGGGUCCUGCCCUGGGAAGAUGGCCUACUAUGGAAAAUGCAUUGAAACUGUCAUUGAGCAAUUGAACAAAUUUCAGCCUGAGAAGGACAGUCCUGAGCAGUUCUUGGAGGCGACGUCCACAGCCCUACAGACUCUGAGCCCCCAGAAGCAGGCAUUCGUUUUGGAGCUGCUGUCUGGGUGCCUCGAGUACCGGAAGCUGAUGGCCGUGGUGGUGGACGCCUUCUACGUGCGGGCCGGCUGGUUGUGCCCACGGGCCGACUACAGCCUCUUCCAGGUGAUCUGCUACCUGGCCAUGUUCCAGCUGCAGGAGCUUGGCUUUCAGCUCUUCUGUGACAUCGUGAAGGCCCAGCCCGUGGACAAAAUGCACAAGUUCCUUGGGUUCUUCUUCAACCCCUUAAACCUGUGCUCAUGGAUCAAGGAUGAAUGGAGCCUCAUCUAUGAGACCGCCCAUGUGAGAGAGAACUGGAUCGACCCCCUGAUGAGAUGGCAGCCAGAGGUCCAGGAGCUGAUCCACCAGCUGGAGGAAGUGAUGGCCAAUCAGCUCCCUCUUUCAAAGACCAAGGCCAGGGUCACAGAGCCCAAGGAGUUCAACCUGACUGUCCCCAGGCCCCGCGCCAUUCCGGUCCCCGAGCCAGUUCCUGUUGUGGCCAAAUCAAAACCAGUCCCCAGGAGCACCUACCAGCCACCCAAGGAGCAGCAGCUGUUGGAGAUGGCCAAGAGGUUUAAUCGCUGGAAGGCAGAGGAGCUGCUGCUGCAGGCGAACAUUGAAGAGAUGCGGUGUGCGGUGCCCCGGUCCCAGGGGGAGCCUCCGAUGCAGGCCUCUAAGAAGAAGCUGCAGCUCCAGCUCAUGCCCCAAAUCAUGAAGACCUCAAAGCUGACCUUCUACAAGCCCAGUGAGGUCCCGGUCAAGCUGAACACGGCUGCCAUCCUCCGAGAAGGGUCUCUGUACCAGCAGCAGGUGGAGAAAGAGCUGCAGAGGGUGGAUCAGCUUGUGGACGGGGCCGGGGACUUCUCUGAGUUCCUCGAGUGGCAGAAGAAGAUGCAGGCGAAGGACCGGGAGGAGGAGCUGACUGCGGGUGAGUGCCGGCGGCUGCUGGGGAAGCUGAGCCGCGAGGAGGCCAUCCUGGCCCGGCAGCACGUCAUGCAAGAGAACAAGCAGAAGGCCAACCAGAAGAAGGAGGAGACGGCGGAGCUGCUGCAGCAGUGCGCUGAGAGGCGCCUCCAGGAGGAAAAGUCCAUGAAGGAGCUGGUGGAGCAGGUGACAGAGGCGCAGAAGAACAUCAAGCUGGUGCAGAUGAAGCUCCUGAAGGACCGGAGGCAGACAGUUCAGGAGGUGAUGGAGGAGAGCCGGGAGCUGCUGCAGCGCAGUGCAGAGACAGCCAAGGAGGAGCAGAAGCGGCGCUGUGAGCUCAUCUCCCAACUUCGAGCCCUGGAGACCCAGCCUAUGCGCAAGGGAAAGCUUGUGGACCUGACCCAGAUCCCUGGGUAUGGCCUGGAAGGGGAGAUGUCUGUGGUGGAGCUUCGAGAGCGGCUGGCCCUGCUCAAGGAGAGCCAGCGGCGAGAGGAGGAAGAGAAGCGAGACCAGAUCAUCCAGGGCAAGCGCGCGAGAAGCCAGGAACUGCAGAAUAGGUUGGAGCAGAUCUCGCUGUGCCGAGCGGCCAUGGGCAGGUCUGCGGCCCUGAGGUGGGAGGAGAAGAAAGCCCGCUCUGCGGCCCCGGGGGUGUCCUCCCAGGAUGAGCGCGUGCUGGAGCUGCAGCGCAAGGUCGAGGAGAAGGUGGCAGAGCGCCGCCGCAAGCAGGCAACCCUGAAGUCGGUGCCGGUGCCGGCGCCGCGCCCUGCGCGCACUAAGGCAUGGGUGAGCUCUGGGAGCGCGCGGGGCGGCUGGGCGCACAGUGACGGUGGGGAGGUCAUGGACCCGGCGCAGGGGCAGUGGGGGCGACCCCGGCCCGCGCCGACCUCUCCCGGGGCGCGUCCACAGGCGCACCUGGAGCAACAGCACUGGCGGGAUCUGCAGCAAAGCCGCGAGCGCCGGCUGCGAACGCUGCAGCUGAGCACCUCGGCUGCCGGGCACGGGCGCCGCCAGGAGGCCGCCUGAGCCGGGCGGGCGACCCCAGACCCCGCGCAGCCCGCCCAGCCCGCCCAGCCCGCGCAGCGCACCUCCUCUUCCCCGUCCGCGCGCCCAGCUGCACGCCCCCGGCCCCCCAGUGUCCCCCCGCUCCCCGGCCAGAACAGGGCUGCCGGACAAGAUGCAAGGCGCCCAGUUACUGCGUGGGACAAACACACUAAACAAAAGUAUCAGCUUUUAUCUGCAAUUCGAAAUUAUCUGGGUGUCCUGUACUUUAUAUGCUAAAUGUGACCACCCUGACCUAGAUCCUCGCCCUUCCCUGGGGCGCAGCGCAAAGCACUAGCCACGUCCCUCUUCAGAGCUCCCAGAGCCACCGCUGCACGUGAAAACUUGGGAGUCCCCACUCUCUGCCCAGAGUCUGGUGGCAAGGCUUACCCAGUGUGGUUGUGCACGUGAGUUUGAUUGAAGUGGCCGGGUGCUUGAGCCGCUGGAAAAGGCCUAUCUCAGGACUUACCUCCAGCAAACCUCACUGCAGCCGUGGCGGGGAGGGGGUCAAGGGGGAUGCAGGAACGGUCCUCUACCCCCAUUCUGCUGAUGAGGCCAGUAGUCCUCAAAGAGGUAAAGUAACCAGCCCCCAAAGCCUUGACCCAAAGCUAAGUCUGCUUGACUUUAGAGCCCCACCCAGCCUUCUUCAGCAAUACCAAAGGAGCAUGACUGGAGCCAGUGGGCAUGAGCCCAGACCGGGACACAUAAUUUUGGUUCCUCUGGAUUUGGUUCCUCUCCAGCGUGAGGCUGGAGAGGUCAUGACCUUGAAGAUAGGCUGGCUGAGCAAAAGCCUGCUGUGGAAAUGCAGAAUCAUGAAUAAAAUACAAGGUGCUGCAGCUCCAGGAAGGACAGUCUGGGACGGCCCCAGGGGGAAGGGCUGGAAACAGCGGGGUAGUUAGAUGUCCAGGAGAGAUAUGCCCCCAAACUUGACAUCCUCCUUGGCUCUGUUGGGGAGAUGACACCUCAAAGGGGGAGGCUGGACCCCAGGGCACAUUCUGACCAGGAAGAUGGGCAUCUUAGAGUAAAACAACAGACUGAACACCAGCGUUCUUCCCCAAUAUUUUGAGCAGUGUCAGAAACACAGGACUUUCCCAGGUUGAUAGAGAAAUUUCCCACCUCCCUGUCGAAAGAGCUGGGGGCUGGAAUUUUAUUUUUUUCAUUUAACUGAUUUCAUUAUUCAUUUAAGGAAACAAAUGUGACAUUUCUUACAAGUGUUAUG